AUGCUAAGGGAGUAUUCAAACAGAGCAGCUGAUCUCAACUGUCCUCUAAACAGAGUAGCUGAUCUCAACUGUCCUCUAAACAGGGCAGCUGAUCUCGCCUGUCCUCUAAAAAGAGCAGCUGAUCUUACCUGUCCUCUAAACAGAGCAGCUGAUCACAUAUGUCCUCUAAACAGAGCAGCUGAUCUCACCUGUCCUCUAAAAAGAGCAGCUGAUCUUACCUGUCCUCUAAACAGAGCAGCUGAUCACAUAUGUCCUCCAAACAGAACAGCUGAUCUCAACUGUCCUCUAAACAGAGCAGCUGAUCUCACCUGUCCUCUAAACAGAGCAGCUGAUCACGCCUGUCCUCCAAACAGAGCAGCUGAUCUCGCCUGUCCUCUAAACAGAGCAGCUGAUCUUACCUGUCCUCUAAACAGAGCAGCUGAUCACAUCUGUCCUCUAAACAGAGCAGCUGAUCUCGCCUGUCCUUCAAACAGAGCAGCUGAUCUCACAUGUCCUCUAAACAGAGCAGCUGAUCACAUAUGUCCUCUAAACAGAGCAGCUGAUCACAUAUGUCCUCUAAACAGAGCAGCUGAUCUCCCCUGUCCUUCAAACAGAGCAGAAUAG